AUGGGGAGCCUCAAUAGAUUGAAUGCUUUCAUUCCACACGGCGCUAGUGCGACAAGCGAUUGCCUAUUCUAUACCUGUGUUACAGGUAUAGAAGCUCGCCUUACUUAUAUGCUUGCAAGAAGUCUAAGAAUAUGCUUAGGCCUUCUGCGAGCAACACCCAGUGUGCUUGUACUCGCUGCAGCCAAAGAACCACCAGUAACUAUCCUAAGAAUCCAGGAAGUAUGUUGUAAUUUUUUUAGACUUUCUGCGCGUCCCUUUUUUAAUGAAAUUCUUUCUCGCAAAGGGACAAACUUUCUUCGAACAUUAAAUUCCGUGCCAAUGAUAAUCCCUGAACAAACACACUGGGUUCAGGACAUUCAUAAGCCACCAUGGACGUUACCAUUACUCGACAUCAAUAUGAACAUUCCAGGCAUGGAAACAAAAGCAUCGGUCAAUACGCACGUUGCAAGGACACUGACUCUUGCACAUCUACUGCAAAAAUACGACGAUAACAUCCACGUGUAUACCGACGGAUCAACCAAGGAUGAAAGAUCAACAUCAGCAUUUGUGGUACCCCAUUUCAACCAUUGGUCAUCCUUUCGGUUGUCACAUCAUACUUCUUCAACUACCGCAGAAUUGCAUGCUUUACUCGCGGCUGCAAUGUACAUCAAAAAUAGCUUGACGGCAAAUUCCUGGGUUAUAUGUACCGACUCCAAGCCAGCACCGCAUUCCAUUAAGACCCUGAAUACUCGCAACGAAAAUAUGUCUCUUGUGUACCGAAUUUGUGAAGAACUUGGGGAAGCUAUAAGAUUGGGGCAUACGAUACACAUUCAAUGGGUUCCUGGACAUAGCGGUGUUUCAGGAAACACCCAAGCUGACCAACUGGCCACGGGUGCAUAUACAAGCAACAACGUCCAGCUCACACCUUUUACAAAAAGCGACGCCAAGCGGUACAUUCGUUGUCUGAGAAACAGAAUGUCCCCUGACACGUGGCUCAAGAGCAUCUCGGAACAGAGCCUACUCCUUUUAAUUGACCCAGACCUUCGGUGUCCAGUUCAUAAUUACUUGAGCAGACCUAUUGAGACAUUAAUUCAUCGCCUACGACUAAAUGUCGCGUAUACCGGCAGAUUUCUUUGCCGAAUUCAACAGGUGCCGAGCUGCACGUGUGGCCAUCCCGUGGAAGACGUCGAGCUCAUAAUAAUGGACUCUCCAAGAUAUGACCAGUGGCGAACUCGAUUACGAGUGGGACUAAGCAUACUCGAAAGUCGCUCUUUUUCUCUGGCCAAAGUUUUAGGUCCUUGGCCAGACUUAAAAAGCCAGAAGAGGGCAUCAACUUUACUACGUGAUUUUUUUACUGACACAAAGAUAGUUGACAGAUAUUAG